GCAGCGACAACCAGCAGCAGCUCUUCCCAUAAUGCACUCCCCGAUCAUCAGCGGGAAACCAAAAUGGCGAACGUGCUGGGGGAAAAUGAACCGUUUGUUAUUUUCUGAAGAAGACACCAGCUCCGCAAGUUUUCGCGAUAUACUUUUGUAAUAAAUACAAGUGCAGGAGGAGCGGGACAACAGCGACCAUUUCUAUCGAGUUAUUUUGUUGUACGAGUUAUUUGUAGAAGCGGAGGUGACCGAAUGAGAGACUCAGGGGUUGUGGACCACCUGUCUGUCCAUCACAGAGCUCACCCCCAGCGGCAGCAGCAGGCUGUGUCCUUGUCCCCCACAAGCCUCUCUGCUAGGGGAGAGUAUGGAGGAGACGGCAUGUCUGGCAGGUUUACAGAGGGACAGGAUGUCUUGGCCCGGUGGUCGGAUGGCUUGUUCUACUUGGGGACAAUCACAAAGAUAGAUCGGGACAAGCAGAGAUGCUUUGUUGUCUUUGAGGAUCGGUCAAAGUCAUGGGUUCUUUGGAAGGAUAUUCAGACAGGGGAGGAAGAUGAUGAGGAUGAUGAGGACGAUGACAUUGUGUGCUCCAUAUGCCAGGAUGAGACUUCAGAGGAACCCAAUGAGAUUGUCAUUUGUGACAAGUGUGGACAAGGCUACCACCAGUUGUGCCACUCCCCCAUCAUUGAUGCCUCUGUCAUUGACUCAGAUGAUAAGUGGCUCUGCUCAGAGUGUGAGCUCACUUCUAUGCCUAAGAGGGGGGGGGCACACAGGAGGGGAGCGUCUGCUAAAGGCUUCCUGCAGCCACAGCAGCAGCAGCAGCACAUGGAGCUGCACCUGUCCUUCCCGUACGCUCCGGAAGAACUGGUGUGGGACCAAGGCCACAAAACUAACACCCAGCAGUGUUAUUGCUACUGUGGAGGCCCAGGAGAGUGGUACCUGAAGAUGUUGCAGUGUAACAGGUGUCAGCAGUGGUUCCAUGAGGCCUGUCUCCAUUGCUUACAGAUGCCCAUGCUCUACGGAGAUAGGUUUUAUCUGUUUGUUUGUUCCGUUUGCAAUGGUGGACCAGAGUACCUCAACCGACUGCCUCUUAGAUGGGAAGAUGUCACACACUUGAGUCUGUACAACUUGAGUGUGAUCCACAAGAAGAAGUACUUUGACUCUGAGAUGGACCUGAUGGCUUAUAUCAAUGACAACUGGGAGCUGCUGCAGCUCGGGGAGCAGCUUGCCAAGACUCCAAGAUCAGAGCGAUAUGAAAGUGUUCUAGAGGCAUUAAACAACAACAGCAGCAUGUUCAUGUCAGGGAAGGAAGUAAAGAAAAAGAAGCACUUAUUUGGCCUGAGGAUCCGUUUCCCUCCUGCUCCCCCAAACUCUAACGAGCCAACCAGCAGAGUGAUGGAGAGGGCUUCACAUGAAAUCACCAUUAAGGGAUGCAAGUCCACCAAAGCCCCGUCUGGCAUGAGACCUUUAACCAAUGGCACAGAGAAGAAGAAGAAAAAGAGGAAGCAAGGAGCUCGUUCUCUGGAGACUCUGGCUAAACCACAACGCUCCAGUGAACUCUUGUCCCAGCAAAUAAGAAAGCCUCUACCACUAGAGUCCCAUGCAUUUGAUCACCUAACUUCUAUCAAGAGUGACAGGUCUCUGCUGUCUUCACGAACUUCAGAUGUGGAAUCCAUAGGAGCCCUGAGCACCUCAGAAACUACCUCAACUAGCAUUUCAAGACAGUCCAGCCUCUGUAGCUCCAGCAAGACACGUACAACAGCCUGUGUCAUGCCUGUUUCCUCUCCACCCAUAAAAAGGAAACGUGGGCGGCCACGGCGGGCCCUGCAGCCCCCUAACCCGGAGAUCCCCCCUCCCAGCCACACAGACCCAAACCCCUCAGCGACGGAGAUGCUGAGCACCCUGCCAGGGCUUCACUCAGCAGACAUAGUUCAUGGCAUGGACCCCAACAGCCAGCUCUCCCACCUCAAAAGCUCCAUCAGCAGCUAUUUCGGAGCAGCGGGGCGGCUGGCUUGCGGGGAAAAGUACAAAGUCUUGGCCCGACGGGUCACCCUCGACGGCAAGGUGCAGUACCUGGUGGAGUGGGAAGGAGUCACUGCCUCUUAGGCUUGUCACUGUCGUCAUCACCUCUAACUUUUAACCAGCACCUACAGGAGGUUUAAGGCUGUGGUGAGGAUGCUUGCACAGCCUGUGUUCAGAGCAUUAACUGAUAUAUGCCUUUGUUUAGUUUAGACAAGAGCAAGUUUUGCCUGUUAAGCUUUACUGUAAAGCCUACUGGUUCUGUGCAGCCCAAGGUGACCAUAGCACAUUUAAACAUGUCUUUUCUUCAUGUGUUUAAAACUUACAAUUAAUUGAUAAAGACGAGGUAUUGUCAUAAAACCACACCAUAUUUGUGUUAUUCUGCUUUUAACUUUCAUUAUCUGCUUUGAAUGUUUACACAAACCCCUGUUUAUUCAGGGGCAAAUAAUUGAUCAGUGCACUGCACCUGUAGGCUUUCAGUGAAGAGCUAUUGUGCUUGAUUUUUGAUCCAGUGAUAUGCUUUUCAUUUCCAUACCCAAUAAUUAUGAAACUGUACAAAAUGUACAAAAAUGUAGUUGGUCAGGCAUUUAAAACGGUGAAUCCUGGGGGAUAAGAGAAAGAGGGGUAGUUUUGCUCAAACAUAUUAUUUUGACAAAUUGCAAUCAUUCAGUGAAGAAUUACACGUUUGGUUAACUUUUCUUAUCAAAUUUGGUGAAUAAAAACAUAAGUGUUCUCUCCUUCUCUAGUCCCAGCUGCAAGUACCUGUUGUUGCCUUGGGCAGAUAUAUCCCUCAAUUCUGUUUGGAAAGAGUGCUCGUUUGUGAGCAGUUCAGGAGGAAAUCAAAACAAAAGAGAUGUGCUGCUGCAAAUGUUUAUUAUUUUAUAUAGAAUUAUACUACAUUUAUUAUUACCUUUUCUACUUGUACCUUCUUGUAUGCCCUUUUCUGUUCAACAGGGCAGAUUUCUUUGAUUUUCUUCUCUUUUUUUUUUUAAAUCAUGGAUUGCACAUAUCAAAUUAUAUCUGUUAGGCCAUCAUCAGAUAAACUGAUAAAUUGAGCUUUUUUUGGCCCCUAAAAGGCAGCAUUUAGCAUGUAGGUCAUAACUCCCAGCAGUUUUAAAUUUAAAUCAAGUAAAGUGGAUGAAAUGUUCAGAAAACUCAUACCCAAUAGGAUACCUACUAAACUGCAUUCUGAGAAACUAAUUUUGUUUUCAUUGUAACAAUUUUGUUAAGAAGCUUAAAUGUCUUUGUCUAAACACAUAUCCUUUUAAAGCAUUUUGAUUUGAAAUUGAUAAAUGACUGUUGUCUUUGAAAUCUUUAAGGACCUAUUUAGUUUUACUUUGUUUGAUAGUUACUCAAAAAAUAAAGUGCUGCGUAAGAUGAAUGUUUUAUACACAGUUCCCGGUUCAGAAUUGUUUUGCGAUUUUCUUUUUUUCCUUCUUUUUUUGUUGCUGCCUAUGCAAGUUAGUCCUGGAAAAAUGUAUUGUUUCAUACAGAUUGACGACGGGGAACUUAAGCAUCACUAUUUUAAUGAUUUGACUCAGGCGUUUCAAUUUUGUGACGGGUGCAACAAAAAAUGCACUUGGAUUAUUGCUUUCACAGUCAAGCUCACCUUGUAGUCUACACACUCAGGAUAUGCCCCAAAACUUCACUGUAUUGCAUAGGCCAGCAUUUGCAGCUUGACAGGAGGUUUUGAUGUAAGUUAUUUACUCAAUGUUUUUGGUCAGUAUUUUUAUAUUAGGUCCUCCGUUUGUCACAUUUCUUUGGACCAUUAUGUAAGUAUGCUUUCUUUUCUACGAGCAAAAUAAUUUGUAGUCCAUUUUUACUGCUACGCUCUCUUGUUUAAACUGAGUCAGAAAACAAUCACUGGAAUACUAAUAUGCUGUAUGUCACUGCAAGAGGGAAAGAUUCAGUAUGGCUGUCUCCUUUUGGAGAUGUUUUCAUUAAAAUGGACAGACCUUUUUGACAUUGAUACCUCUUCCUUGAACGGAUGUAGUCAGUGCAUUUAAAGCUUCUCUCCUCUGUUCAGUCAGUGUCUCGGCCCACUUGUUGCUACCACUGACUUCCAGCAGGCUUCUGCAGCCAAAGAAAAUACAUGUAACGUCUGCUUUGUCUCUUGAGAUUCUUCUUAUUACAUUUUUAUACAUCAUUAUAUAGGUUGACGUGUUACUUCUGAAUCUGUUUUGUUAAAGGAUAAAUAAAAGCAGAUAUUUUGAACCGUU